GCCCUGUUUCCACAGAUGCUCACAGAGCGCCACUCGGGUGUCACCUCUGUAGCACCCGGUGAAGCACGCACAUCUCUCCGCUUGCUAGUCUCCUCUUACGGCUACAAACCCGUUUUGCCGUCCAGCCUGCUGGAAAACGCUGGGAGCAGGGAGGGAGAGAGCGGAGCCCACCUCGCCGCGCCCAGCCCGGCCCCGCCCCGGCCCGCCCCUCUCCGGCAGCGCGCAGACCGCGCCCGGCGAGCUCCGGGCCUCUCCGCGGCCAUGCGGCUCCUCGGCGGCGCCUCCUGCGCUCUGUGGCUGCUGCUGCUGCUCGCCCGCGGCUCCCAUAAUGAAGAAAUGAACAGCACUGAAGGUGUGAACAGUACCACUCCGACUCCAGGCAAUGGGUUGCCAGACAAUAGCACUUCAUCCAUUGUCACUGCAUCAUCCACACAAUCUGCAUCAACAUCUGCAGGAGGUGUGUCCACCAGUACUACUCAUCUGACCAGUACCAGUCAGCCCAACACCACCACCACCAUCUCUGUGAUCCUGACAACUCAGCCCACCAAAACCAGCCAGACAGGAACGCCCACCACAGCUUCACCAGUCACAUCACCACAGGCUAAUAUUACAGUGGUGACCACUUCUAAGACUUCCUCCACUUCUGUAACAGCCACAUCAAAAUCAGAGGCUGUCGUAGUCAAAACCUCCAGAUUUGAUGUGGGCAGUUUUGUAGGUGGCAUUGUGCUGACUCUUGGAGUCCUAGUCAUUCUCUACAUUGGAUGCAAAACUUACCACUCCAGAAGAGGCAUUCAGUACAGAACCAUCGAUGAACACGAUGCCAUCAUUUAAAGAAGACUUCAGAGAAGACAGUGUUGGAAACCCACCCUGUCACAGCUGUUGAAGCUUCUGAAAGAGUUUCUUUCAUAAAGAUGAUCACAGUCUCUAAACCUGUCUUGGGUGUUAUCCUGCAAAAUGUUGAGAAGCUUUUUAAACAUCUUGAUUUUUUACAUUGGCUCUUCUAAGAGGAACUCAGCACUUUGUAGAGACAGUAUUUUCUUUUUCCAGUACUUGUAACCAGAUUUAGAGAAAAAUCACAUAUUGAGUCAUUUUAAGGUACACACACAGCUCUCUGAAACAGCUAAUUACUAGCACAGGCAAUUGCAUCAAUGCAAUUCUAAGUUCAGGGGUUUUUUUCUAAAAUUUUGUAUUAAAUUGUAUUUAUUUUUAAGUUUGAUGUGAACUUUAGUUUAGAAAUUUCAGGUUUUGAACAACUCAGUUAAUUUUUAAUAGGCUUCAAAGGAGGUGUGGUUAGGUAACUGUAUAGAAGGUAAUGAUGAGUACUCUAAAUGUCAGCUAAAGAUGUUUUCCUUAAUAGGCUGUAUAAGGGGAGUAGCUGCAGGAAAAAUGAACAGAAUGGAAGUAUCCAUCCACAACCCUUUUCUCUAAAAGCUGCUUUUUUUCCAGCAUGUCCUAAAGAAGCUUGUGCAACUGAAGAUUUAAUAAAAAUGGAGAAAAGUAAUUUUGCCUUUAUAAAUAUAAAAAAAAUUCUAAAAUUGGCUUUUAAGUUGAAGGUAGCAAUCACUUGACUCUAGGUUUUUCUUACUAUGAAGCUGUCUGCAGUGUUUUAGCAGCAUUUGAUAAUCAUUCAAGGUUAUAGAGAAGGGAAAACCUAUAAGACAGCAUUUUAGCAGACUAUAAAGUGCAUUUUUAUAGCUGUUUUCAGAACUUGAUCCUACUGCACAGCUGUACAGCAGUCUGGUCAAAGGCCCAGCUGAAGGCACUGGGGCAUCUCUGAGCACACCUUUAGCUGAAGGCUCAAAUGCUCUGCAGGAUGGCUGGUGCUGUUCCCAUGUCACUUCUGCAGGUCCACUCAGGUAGGUGGGCUCCUGAGUUACACUGCUGUAAGGAAAACUACAACAAGGAUCAGGAAACACAGGCCUGCAUCUCUCUAGGUCACUGAAUGAUUGUCUUGCUCAGGCUUUACUUGUAGAGCCGUCUCCAUUGGGGAGGGUUGGUGUGGUGGGGUUUGCCUGUCCUGGUUCCUGCUGGCACCAGCCCCUCAUGCUGGGCACAGGGGGGAUGGUGACACAUGAGGAAAGUCACAGAGGGAACUCCAGAUAGGUCUGUUGGGGGCUGGGGAACAACUCAUCAGGGAAAAUGUAACUACUCCAGAACAGAUUAUUUUCUUAAGCAAUAGUUUAUUCUGACAUGCAGUGUUAAAGUGGCCAUAUGGGGUUUUUUUUCCUUUUUCACAUGGAAUAGUAAAACUGUUUCAAGGCACAGCCAACUCCAGCAGACCAUGGCUAAUGAAUCAUCUUACUAGCUACUCACCUGAAAAGGGUAAGGGGGCUGUUUCAUUUUUCUAUUGUGUUUGAGGGUUGGGGGAGAGAGAGUGAUUUGAAGUAACUUUUGUAUUUUUUCUUAAUUUUAUUGUUUGGUGGAAUAUUACUGGAUUUGACUUGAAGAGUUAUGGAAACAAUUCUUUCAUAGAACUGUCAUUCCUUACAUUGUAGAAAUUAAGAUAGUUAAGUGCAACUCAAUUACUGAGAUUGUCUCACCUCUGCUGUACAGACAAAUAAAAUUAAAUCUUUGGAGUUACUACAUUAA